GAAAAAAAUCCAUGUAAACAAACUAUUUUUCUUCGAAGAUUUAAAAGAAUGUUUGUAUAAAACCUACAAACAAAAUGACUGAGGCAACAUUUGAGGAGUUUUCAAUCGAUAUUGAUGAAUCUAAGGCAGGACAUGGACCUCCAGUCAACCUGUUUAAUGUGGACAUGAAGUACCAAUCAAUUGACUUCACUACAGAGACACCUAGUGGUGAAUCAGAGGUCAAAACAGUGGAAGAUAACUCUGUCAGAGCCUCAACUCCCCCUCCCCCACCUUUGGACAUCUUUGGUUUUGAUAUGAAAUACACCGAAGAUCCUUUGGAAGAUUUUAAUGAAUCCUCAGGGAAUAAUAGCUCUGGUGGGAAUGUGGGUCCAAGCCUUACAAGCAUUAAUUUCGGAAAUUUGUCAAGAAUGGAGUCGACUGAAAAUAAAUCAAGUUCAGUUUCCUCAAGUGUAGCUAAGGGUACUGUCCAACAAAAUCUAGAGAAGAAGCCUGACACUGCCCAGGAUGUUCAGCAGUCUGCUCUGAUGAAGAAUGUUCUUCAGAAAAUAAAGACUUCACAGUCCAGUAGUGGUCAAACAAUGAAGAUAGAACAACAAACGACUGAAGUAAAAAUAACUAAAACAGAAGGAGGAGAGAAAAUAACAGAGAAGAGCAGUGUCUUGACAAUUGAAAAGAUCUCAACGUCAAAGAGUUGUGAAGACUCGGAUGAUGAGUUUGAUUUUGAUGUACCUACAAGUAAAAACACUCCACAGAAUCUCCCUCCUCAAACAGACCUACCAAAAACACAAGAUUCAAGUUCACCGCCCUCUGCAUUAAAAUCUCAGACUGCUACAGAAUCCGUAGGCCCAAAGGUAGAAAUUCAACCGACCGUGAAGGUUGUGUCUAGUACGGACACUUUAACUGGUCCAGGGGUAAAUGUUUCUGAGAAGAGUUUGACCAAUCAAGGAACAUCUCAUGUUACAUCUGACAGAGAGAAAAUAACCUUGCAGGGUCAGACAGUUAGUGAGAUAGGGAACUCUGUAUUGAAACAGGUUUGUGAGAAUGGUGCAGUAUCUGAGACAUUCCACGUUAACAAUCGGGCCCAGGACGAGUGGGAUAAAGUACAGACUAUAGAAGCAGGGUUUGUGGAUGAGAAUGAUACAAGAAAGAAAGAGAGUGUAGUGACCAAUGCCCCGAUGCUGUCUUUCUUUGAGAUGUCAGAACAUUUUGUCUCCCAGGAUUUCACAGGAGUCAAGGACAAAAUCCGGACAACUGUAGAGCGUCAUGGUUUUUCUGCACUGAAGUACUUCCUCUUUGGACCACCAAAACUGCAUAAAAAUCUACAUGAAGAAAGAGAUAGGAUAUUUUGUAUAGCUGCAUCGGUGCUUGAGAAUUCUAACCAGAUCCAUGUCAGAUCUCUACAGACAAUCUAUCGCAGUCUCACGGGGUCAAGGUUUGACUGUCCGCGCUAUGGAAACCAUUGGGAGGAAAUUGGAUUUCAGGGCAGGGAUCCAUCAACAGAUCUGAGGGGUGUAGGGUUACUAGGUCUGUUACAUUUGAUCUACUUGUUGAGAGAUGCCAAACGACAGGUGCUGGCUAGUGAAAUCUACAAACUUUCUCUUCAUCCCACUCAGAUAAAACAAAAUUCAAAUAUUUCCUAUCAACAUGUAGAGUGCAAUAAACAGAAAGAGGUCCUUCCAGUUGUGUGUGAUUUUUACACAGGACUAUAUCUACAGAUGUAUCAAGUGUGGAAAUCCCAGGGGAAAACCAUCUCAGACUCUGGAUUUGUUUUACAGCAUAUUGAAAAUCAUGCCAAGAGGAAUCCCCAUACAGUGAUGAAAAACCUAGAGGAGUACUUAGCCAAGAAGAAAUCGGCAGCCAAUCUGGAAAACGUGAAUCUCGGAGAGGAACAGUUUACAAGUGUUGUGGAUUCUGAGACAGCAGGACACUAUUAAAAGUUAACUAGUUUCUUUUUAAAUUAAAUAAUUUUCCAAUUACAGGGUGUUCUAAAUCUUGUCAAAUUAAAAGUCCCAUAAAGCUGUUCAUGAAUAAUAUAUCAUUUUGUCGUGUAUUGCAUAUAAAUUGAAUCAGGUGCAUUGCAUACUUCAGCAUUAAACUUUUAACAUUUAGGAUCCUUCUUUUCCUGUCUAUUUUUGUUACUCAUAUGAAAUAAUUGAUAUGUACAAACUUUAUUUUCAUUUGAUACUUUGAAGACUUCCAGGUUAGUGUGCUCAAUGAGGCAUUAGUUUUAUAUUUAGAACUCCCAAGUAGUGUAAAUGAAAUUUAUUUGCAUAUUUUAAAACAUAACAAUUUUAAAAUCAUCUUAUUCUAAAUCAUUCUUUUAAAAUUAUUUCGUUUUCCCAAUAUUGUAAUGAAAGUUUUGAAAUUUCUCUAAAAAUAUUAUUA